UAACCAACUAAAACCUGUCUUUAAGUAAAAGCAUACAAGUAUAACCAAAUACUAAAAGUAUGCAUAAAUAAAUCUAAAUAAAUCGAAUAAGUCUAAAUUGAGGUAGAAUAAACCCGGCUGCAGGUUUCCUCUGUUGUCUCGUGUAACUUGAACUCUCUGAGACAUUAACCUGCUUCAUUCUUCAGACAGCGCAUCAAAUCCAUGUUCUACCACGCCUACAACAGCUACCUUGACUACGCUUUCCCCUACGACGAGCUCCGCCCACUCACCUGUGAUGGACAGGACACCUGGGGCAGUUUCUCGCUCACUCUGAUCGAUGCUCUCGACACUCUGCUGGUUUUGGGGAACCACACAGAGUUCCAGCGCGUGGCGUCGCUCCUCCAGGACACCGUGGACUUCGACAUCGACGUCAACGCCUCGGUGUUCGAAACCAACAUCAGAGUGGUGGGUGGUCUGCUGUCUGCUCACCUGUUGUCAGGUAGAGCUCAGAUGGACCUGGAGCCCGGUUGGCCGUGUUCAGGACCUCUGCUGAGGAUGGCCGAGGACGCCGCCAGGAAACUGUUGCCUGCGUUCCAGACCCCCACCGGGAUGCCGUACGGUACCGUGAACCUGCUGAAGGGAGUCAGUCCCACAGAGACGACCGUCACCUGCACCGCCGGCGUGGGAACCUUCAUCCUGGAGUUCGCCACGCUGAGCCGGCUGACGGGAGACGAGACCUUCGAGAACGUGGCCCGCCAAGCCCUGAGAGCCCUGUGGAGGACCAGAUCUGACAUCGGGCUGGUGGGGAACCACAUCGACAUCCUGUCUCAGAAGUGGGUGGCUCAGGACGCCGGCAUCGGAGCCGGGGUCGACUCCUACUUUGAGUAUCUGGUGAAGGGAGCCAUCCUGCUGCAGGACGAGGAGCUGCUCGACAUGUUCACGGAGUACGACCGAGCCAUUCAGAACUACACCCGGUUUGACGACUGGUACCUGUGGGUCCAGAUGCACAAAGGAACCGUCUCCAUGCCCGUCUUCCAGUCUCUGGAGGCCUUCUGGCCGGGUCUGCAGUCUCUGCUGGGGAACCUGGACAGCGCCGUGAGAACUUUCCAGAACUAUUACUCGGUGUGGAGACAGUUUGGAGGUCUGCCGGAGUUUUACAGCAUCCCUCAGGGUUACACUGUGGACAAGAGAGAGGGGUACCCGCUGAGACCGGAGUUGAUCGAGAGCGCCAUGUACCUGUUCAGGGCGACAGGUGACCACACCUACCUCCAGCUGGGCCUCGACGCUCUGGAGUCCAUCGAGAAGAUCACCAAGACGCCCUGCGGAUACGCCAGCGUGAAAGACCUGCGAGAUCACCAGCUGGACAACCGGAUGGAGUCCUUCUUCCUGGCUGAGACCAUCAAGUACCUCUACCUGCUCUUUGACCCUGCCCACUUCCUGCACGGCGGGGGGGCGGAGGGGGCCGGGUCGUGGGAGGAAGGCGGCGAUGGCGGGCGGUGUGUUUUGGGGGCGGGGGGGUUCAUCUUCAACACGGAGGCUCACCCUCUGGACCCGGCGGCGCUCUACUGCUGCGGACGCCACACUCGGGACCGCCAGGAGCUCCGGGACGUCCUGCUCGGCCUGUCGGAGCCCGGCGGCCAAUCGAAGCCCAGACGGCCGGAAGACCGGCCUCCCGGCCAAUCGGAGAGCAUCGCUCUGAAGCCGGGCGAGAGGAAGACGAACCCCUCGCUGUCCUGUCCCGUUCAGCCGUUCAGCGCCCGGCUCGCCGUCCUGGGACAGGUUUUCACCGACGACACCUGAACUCAUCGUGACUCUGGAAGACGAAGACAGACGGACUCAGAUGUUUACGUUUAUGAAUCAAUAAUUCAUGAACAGAUUCAGCAGCUUCCAUAAAGCUGAUUCUUUUUGUUCUUGUGAUGAACUCAAAGUCGCUGCGCCGACUCUCGUUGCUCUAAUUCAAACUGAAGGUUGAAAUAUAUAUUUUUAUUUAUUAGAAAUCUUGUGGUUGUUUUGUGAUUUGUCAUGUUGUCUGUUGCCCGAAUGUAAGAUAUAAGAUAUGACUAUUCAUUCUCGUGUCAGACUUCUACAAAGAUUACAAAAAGAAGAAAUUUAAACAUUUAUGAGAUCUAGAGUAAUAAUUAUUAAGGUUAAUAAGCGUAAACACUGACACCUGUGAGAAAUAGAAUCGCCAUAAGAGUAAUGUAAAUAAUAACAACAUAUAUGAAGUGGUACUGACACCAGUAUGUCCUGGAGGUCAUACUGCACAUGAAGUCAUGCUUGAGUCAUAUGACGACGCUGAUGAAGAUCAUGAGAUUGAGUUGAAAGCUCCGCCCUCAACACGUCUGUAGUGGUUCAACGCUGCCAGCAGGAGGCGGUAGACUCACUCCUGCAGAGACCUCCACAGAUGGUUUUAGGGGGACUGAGAGAUUAUAUUAUAUAUUCAUUUGUGCACAAAAUAAUUUACUUUUUAAAGAAUAUGUAUUUCUGACUGAGCGAUGAAUAAAAUAACUGAUUCCACGUUCAGCCUUCGAUUAGCAGCAGAGAACGUGACGAUACGUCUGAACGAACGAGUUCAUCAACGAAGACAAAAUAAAAGAACUUCUUUAGGAAGACAGGAAACAAACACUCGUCGUAUUUCACACUAAGAGUUAAAAAUCUGCAUUAAAAUGAAUUUAUGAUGAUCUGAGUGUUUGGUUUCCAUCUCUGGUGUAAAUUACAGACUCACUUCACAAAGCUUCAGAGUUUAAUGACUCACUGAGAGGUGAGGACACAAGCAGAGAGAUGAAGCGUCCUCAUGUGUCCUAGCAUGUCUAUGUGUCCUCUCGUGUCCUCACAUGUCCGUCCUUGUGUCCUCCUUUUGUCCCCACGUGUCCUCCUUGUCUCCUCGUGUCUCUGAGCUAGUUACUGUCUUCCACACUCUUCACCUCAGAUUGUUUUCUGGCGGCAUUGAGGUUUUUUAUUUUAAAUUUGAAUCACCAUCAUGUCUCAGUGAAUUGAAGGUGAAGCUCUGGGAGGAGGAGGAGGAGGAGGAGGAGGAGGAGGAGGAGGUGGUGGGAUGGGAGGAGGAGGAGGACAGCAAUGUCUCCUCAUAGUUUACAUCAUAUCUUUUCAAAAUAAACCUCCGUCUUCACAGGAAACAACUGAGUUAAGUUUAGUAAAAGUUGUCGUUUGGGUUCAAACGUCCCGUACGUUGAAGCCCUCGAGGUCGAAGGAGACGAGGAACUACUUCACAUCCAAUGUUCUCUGUUUCAGUGAUGAUGUUAAUAAUAAUAAAACAUGU